UGUCAGAUAUCUACGAGCUCAUAUCGCUGAAUGCGUAACUGAACGAAUCUUUCUUAAUUUGUUUCCUUUUUGUGUCAGCGGCCGUUAUUCUUCACAUGCGAGACUCCGGGGCUGACGACUGACUUCUUCACUGAAAAUCCACGCAACACCGGAUGAUCUUAUUUAAUGUCAUCUGUCAUUUCAAUCCGAGCCAUUCGCGCGUCGCAUUACGCUUCGGAAACGUCUGUGCUCGCGUAGUCGGAACGAUAUUAUGUCUUCUCUUGUGUUAAGAAUAUAAAAAAGCCUACGAAUGACAGCUUAGAUAUAACAUUUCGUGCUAGAGAAGACGUCACUGUACUUUCCAUUAGGUUUUAAAAUUCUCAGAAAGUAGUUUCUGUCGCGUAAACUUCGCUUAAAAUGUGCGUAAAAUACGCAAUCGAGCAUAAUUAACUCGCGGGGAUUCGGUAAAAGCAGAGGUCGCUGAUGUUUACAUUGUAAAAGGCGCUGUCGAGGUCUGGGAGGUGCUGAAAUCUACUCAAGCUCAGUUCCGCGUGAUUGGCACGCUUGACAGUGAUUGACAGGCGUCGGUGGAAACUACGCAACCAAUCUGCCAAGUCCAAUAGAAAUUCAGCAGCGGGCAGCACGUCUUUUCCCUCCUCAAAAAACAUCUUCAUUCUUGUGCUAUAAUCUCGUGCCCUCGAACUCUUGGUGUCUCCAAGCGAGGCAGCCUCAGACCGACAGAGCGACGUCUCUAUUUCUCUGCAUCGUCUAACAUUCAUCAGCUGACUCUGGAAUUGCCUUUUUGUCUGGAUUCGACUGGGGGAGACAGAGAAAAUCCACAUAAAGCACGAAGCUGUGCUUGAGGUAAAGAGGACUCCGAGGGGGAAACAGAAGCCUUCAUGUUUCAGUUGCCAAUCUUGAAUUUUAGUCCCCAGCAGGUAGCGGGGGUAUGCGAGACUUUGGAAGAGAGCGGAGACAUCGAGCGUCUCGGCCGAUUCCUUUGGUCGCUGCCCGUCGCACCCGCUGCCUGCGAGGUGCUGAACAGAAAUGAGUCUGUGCUGCGGGCUCGGGCUAUUGUAGCCUUCCACACUGGGAAUUUCCGUGAGCUUUACCACAUUCUGGAGAACCACAAGUUCACCAAAGAGUCCCAUUCCAAACUGCAAGCACUUUGGCUGGAGUCGCACUACCAGGAGGCGGAGAAGCUCCGAGGCCGCCCGCUAGGGCCAGUGGACAAAUACCGGGUACGGAAGAAGUUCCCUCUGCCUAAAACAAUUUGGGAUGGAGAACAAAAGACGCACUGCUUUAAAGAAAGGACCCGGCAUUUACUUCGAGAAUGGUACCUCCAGGAUCCUUAUCCGAAUCCAAGUAAAAAGAGAGAGCUUGCACAAGCUACGGGACUCACUCCCACUCAAGUGGGGAAUUGGUUUAAAAAUCGAAGACAAAGGGACAGAGCCGCGGCCGCUAAAAACAGGUUACAACAGCAGGUGUUGUCUAAUGGCUCGGUUCGGUCCUUAACUGGAGAGGAUGGUGCAGACCGACUGGGGAACGCGUCGAGCCCUGAAGCGAGCCUGUCGAGCAAAGCCGCUGCGUCGGCUAUCUCCAUCACUUCAAGUGACAGCGAAUGUGACAUCUAACAUCGCACCACGAACCGGCCCGCGGGCUAUACGGGAAGACUAUGAGAAAAUUAACACAUACGAAGGAAAUCGAGACAGACAAUCAGCAAGAUAAACAA